GGUUUCUGCUCCCUUGAAACAAUGUCUUCGAAGCUCUUCCAGCCCGUUAACGUAGGCAACCUCGCGUUGAAGCACCGCGUAGUGCUAGCCCCUCUAACGCGUCUUAGGACAACACCGUCCGGCGUACCACACACGAAAAUCGUGAAGGAGUAUUAUACCCAGCGCUCGCAUGCGCCAGGUACGCUGCUCAUCAGCGAGGGUACUUUCAUUGCUCCAAAGGCUGCUGGGAUCCCGCAUCUCCCUGGCAUAUGGAGUCAGGAGAUGAUCGCUGCAUGGAAACAGGCUCGUACUUCUCACAUUCACGAGUAUACCCAGUUAUUCGUCCAGGCUUCUCUGAAUGCUAUCGAAGCGGGGUUUGACGGUGUGGAGAUCCACGGUGCCAAUGGGUACCUCCUGGACCAGUUCACUCAGGACGUCUCAAACCAUCGGACGGAUGAGUAUGGGGGGAGCAUUGAAAAUAGGACCAGGUUCCCAUUGGAAGUUGUUGAUGCCGUUGUCAAGGCUAUCGGAGAGGAGAGGACAGGGUAUCGCGUCAGCCCGUGGAAUACAUACCAAGGUGCUGCACUCACCUUUCUCUCCGCCUUUCUCUCCAAACUGACUAGAUACCACGGUCUAGAUAUGACAAUGGCCGACCCGAAACCGACAUUUUCGUACCUCACUAAUGAGAUUAAGCGAAGAUACCCCAACUUCGCGUACCUGCAUGCUGUGGAGCCUCGAGUUGUUGGAACAACGUUCCGGGACGAACACGAAAUCAAACCGCAGGAGGAAAAUGAUUUCCUUCGUAAAAUAUGGGCCCCAAAACCGUUCAUUUCCGCUGGCCACAGCAGGGAGACAGCCAUUGAGGCGGCAGAUCAGAAAGGCGACUUGGUGGCCUUUGGAAGACAGUUCAUUUCCAACGUAAGCUGCUACCUCCUGUUGGUUUCCAGAAUAUCUAAGACUCGAGAGCUAGGAUGGGAGCUGAUACGACCAC